CUCUCAGCCGUUCCCUCCUCCUUCCUCCAGCCCGAAACCUGAUCCAGCCGAAGAGUUUGAUUGCUGGAAAACUUGGCGGCUCCCCAACCCUGAUGGCCCAGGGAGUGUGAGACUCCAGCCUCAGAAGGUGCAGGCAGCGACCCGGAGAGGCAGGCUGGCUGGGGCAUGAGGUUGGCAGCGGGCGGGCAGGCUGGCCCUUGGCGGGGCUCCCCCUGAGCAGCCACUCGGAGGCACUCCCACGCGGGAAGCUCGCCAUGCUGCUGUGGGCCCGGCAGGCGCUGCUCACCCUGCUCCUCCCCACACUGCUGGCACAGGGAGAAGCCAGGCGGAGGGGGGGCCUCCAGGGCCGGAACACCAGCAGGCCCGCUCUGCUGAGGCUGUCGGAUCACCUCCUGGUCAACUACAAGAAGGGGGUGCGGCCCGUGUGGGACUGGAGGAAGCCAACCACCGUGUCCAUUGACGUCAUUGUCUAUGCCAUCCUCAGCGUGGAUGAGAAGAAUCAGGUCCUGACCACCUACAUCUGGUACCGGCAGCACUGGACGGAUGAGUUUCUCCAGUGGAACCCUGAGGACUUUGACAACAUCACCAAGUUGUCCAUCCCCACGGACAGCAUCUGGGUCCCGGACAUUCUUAUCAACGAGUUCGUGGACGUGGGGAAGUCUCCAAAUAUCCCAUACGUGUAUGUUCAGCAUCACGGCGAAGUCCAGAACUACAAGCCCCUCCAAGUGGUGACCGCGUGUAGCCUGGACAUCUACAACUUCCCCUUCGACGUGCAGAACUGCUCGCUGACCUUCACCAGCUGGCUGCACACCAUCCAGGACAUCAACGUCUCCCUGUGGCGCUCACCAGAAAAGGUGAAGUCGGACAAGAGCGUCUUCAUGAACCAGGGAGAGUGGGAGUUGCUGGGAGUGCUGACCCAGUUUCAGGAGUUCAGUAUGGACAGCAGUGACCACUACGCAGAAAUGAAGUUCUAUGUGGUCAUCCGCCGGCGGCCUCUAUUCUACGUGGUCGGCCUGCUGCUGCCCAGUAUCUUCCUCAUGGUCAUGGACAUCAUGGGCUUCUACCUGCCCCCAGACAGUGGCGAGAGGGUCUCCUUCAAGAUCACGCUCCUCCUGGGCUACUCCGUCUUCCUGAUCAUUGUGUCCGACACGCUGCCGGCCACUGCCAUCGGCACCCCCCUCAUCGGCGUCUACUUUGUGGUGUGCAUGGCGCUGCUGGUGAUAAGCUUGGCCGAGACCAUCUUCAUUGUGCGGCUGGUGCACAAACAAGACCUGCAGCAGCCCGUGCCUGCCUGGCUACGGCACCUGGUGCUGGAGAGGAUCGCCCGGCUACCCUGCCUCAGGGAGCAGUCGACUUCCCACAGGCCCCCAGCCGCCUCCCAAGCCACCAAGACCGAUGAUUGUUCAGCCAUGGGAAACCACUGCGGCCAUUUGGGAAGAUCCCUGGACUUGGAGAAGAGCCCGAGGGGCAGAUGCAGCCCUCCCCCACCCCCGAGAGGGGCCUCGCUGGCCGUGCGUGGGCUGCUGCAGGAACUCUCCUCCAUCCGGCACUUCCUGGAGAAGCGGGAUGAGAUCCGAGAGGUGGCCCGGGACUGGCUGCAGGUGGGCUCUGUGCUGGACAAGCUGCUCUUCCGCAUCUACUUGAUGGUGGUGCUGGCCUACAGUGUCACCCUGGUCACACUCUGGUCCAUCUGGCAUUAUUCUUGAGUAGGUACAGCCCAGCAGGAGAGGAAGGUAUCAGGCUCAUUAGGAUGGGGACAGAGGAUUUCUGCUUAGGUCCUUCAGGGCCCAAGAGAUACCAGGCACAUCUUCAAAACACAGAUACAGUCCCAUCUCAUUUCCAAUGCCAAGUCAUCUCAGCAAUCCUGAACCAGCGUCUGAACCCUUCCCUCCAAAACUUAAUGUUCAAGACCCUUCCAUCCUCUUCCCACCCAACUGCUCAUUAUGGCUUUAAAACAUGCUAUUUUAGAUCAGGAGAAACCUGAGCACUCCUGAACUUCACUCUACUUAUCUAUGUAUCAAGCCUAAGCUUCCCCACGGUCCCUUCUCUGAACAAGGCACUUUGGAAUUCUGCUCAUUCCCCUACUUUGUUUUUAGGUUGAAGGCCAAACCAGCUCUCUACUGCAGUAGGGCCUGACAACUCUGCGCUAAGUUUGUCCAACCCCUAUGUCUCCUUCUUCACCUCACCUGUGGCCACUUCCCUGAACACCAUCCUCCAUAGAAGGUGGGGUGGGUGGGGGCAACACAUUUCCAUGAAGCCCUAAACUCUCUUCUCGACUCUUUGCCAGAAGCUUUCGGAAAAGAUUAGAUGGGCAGACGAAGAGGCUUAAAGUUACUGGUAGAAAUGAGGUUUGGAAAUUACCUGUAGCUUCACCUGUUUGGUGCUUUCUGGCCUAGGGACCUUGGAGGUGACCAAAUGGUAGCUGUUAUGAAGAAGAAUGUGUAGGAGGUAAGAUUUAAGAUAUGAGGGUCAGGACAAUGAACACUCAGCAAUGAGGGGUGGAGGAGAAAGCUCAGUUCUGCACCCCCUUCAAAAGAUGAUGGAAGGAUCUAUGAAGUCCUAUUACUAUUC